CUAUAAAUAAAUAAAUAAGGUUUAUUUUAAAGCGCUUAAGUUAAUUACCAUACACCAAAUUAAACACCAUGAAGUCCCCUCAUGGCCAUCAUCAACCUCUCUUUCAUGUGUGGGCAUUAUUGCUCUUAUGUACUUCAUCAUCAAGAAUAGGGGAAUGCACAAAGGGCGGCGGGCAUAAUAACAAUGAGAAAAGAACGCCACCAGCGGGAGUAGUGGAAUACUCAUCAGCAAUAAGUUGCCGGAAACACACGGCGUACUUGACGGAUUUCGGGGGCGUAGGUGACGGAAAGACCCUAAAUACGGGGGCAUUCCAUAGAGCCGUAGCUAACCUAAGCAGGGUUGCUCCGGACCAUGGUGCCAUGCUUAUCGUGCCCGCCGGGAAGUGGCUCACUGCGCCGUUCUAUUUGACAAGUCAUUUCACCCUUUACCUCCACAAAGACGCCGUCAUUCUUGGCACUCAGGAUGAAUCACAAUAUCCACUCAUUUCACCAUUGCCAUCUUACGGAAGGGGUAGAGAUGCUCCGGGAGAUAGGUUUACGAGUCUCAUCUUUGGAACAAAUCUCACUGACGUUGUCAUCACUGGUGGGAAUGGGACAAUAAACGGGCAGGGAGAGGUUUGGUGGGACAAGUAUCGAAACAAGGAGCUGAAGAACACAAGGCCUUACCUUAUCGAGAUUAUGUAUUCCAACCAAAUCCAAAUCUCUAACCUCACCCUCCUCAACUCCCCAUCAUGGGUCGUCCAUCCUGUUUACAGCAGUGACAUUAUAAUUGAGCACUUGACAAUUCUUGCACCCAUUGAUUCCGAAAACACUGAUGGGAUCGACCCAGAUUCAUGCGCAAAUGUAAGAAUAUGGGACAACUACAUUGUGUCCGGGGACGACUGCAUCGCAAUCAAGAGCGGUUGGGACGAGUACGGGAUCGCAUUCAACAUGCCAACCAAGCAAGUGUCCAUCAAGAGGCUCACUUGCGUCUCCCCCUUCAGCGCCACCAUUGCUCUCGGGAGCGAGAUGUCGGGCGGGAUCGAAGACGUCCGGGCCGACGACAUCACCGCCGUCAACACCGAGUCGGCCGUGCGGAUCAAAACGUCCCCCGGACGCGGCGGCCACGUCAGGGACAUGUACCUCGCCAACGCCCGUUUCCGCACCAUGAAGUACGUCUUCUGGGUGACCGCGGAGUACGGCGAUCACCCAGACAACCGUUUCAACCCGAACGCCGUGCCGACCGUACAGGGCAUAAACUUCAGAGACGUCACCGCCGAGAACGUGACGGUCGCCGGAAAGCUUGUGGGGCUGAAGGGCCGCCCCUUCACCGGACUCUGCAUCUCCAAUGCCACCAUUGCCAUGCAUGUGGACGAAUCCGCCGCAAAGACACCCAAACAGGCAUGGAACUGUACGGACGUCCAAGGUUUCCAGGGCGCGGUGACUCCUAAGCCGUGUAAUCAACUGGUUGAAAAGCCCCAUCUGGAGUGCAAAUUCCCCCGAGACAAACUUCCAGUCGAGAAUGUUCAACUCAAGACAUGUUCUCUCCCACUCCAUUAAAUUAAAUUAAUGGGCACUAUAACUGUUAUAUAUACGAGAUCAAUAAAUGUAUGCAUCAUCAACUAUCCGCUUUUCAUGCAUAUUUUGUAAUCAAAUAGGUACACUCUG